CGACAUUUCGGAUUUUCGCUACUUCAGACUUCUGACAUUUCGAGAUACGAUUUUUGGAAACAUUGAGUUGACGUCAUCUUCCCUCUACUCCUCCCUUCGUCUCUCCUUCCCCCAUUCAUCCGUGUAUGAGAUCAGCCCCUGGCCUCGUCUUCCAUGUUCAAGGCCAGGGCUUUCACACCACCGAUGCAUGUUUGUGAGAGGGGGGUGGCCUCUUUGGGUUUGUCAGAGGUUCAAUCAUGGGCUGGAUGGGUGGCGGCAGGGCGAAGGAGAAGCCGAAAGAGGAAACAAAAGCACCGGUGCAAGAAGUCGAGCUUGUCGAAGUGACAUCUGAGACGCACACCGUACUGAAUGUGCGAGGGCGCACAGCAAAUUCUGUGCCUCCGAGCGAUAAUCUGUCGAGAGAUAGCUCACCGGCUGUGAUGGCGUUGAAGCCGGAACCAAUGGUAGGAGUGAAAGAAAUUGCUGCCGCUGCAGACAUGGGUCCUGGCACCUCACCAAGCUCAGUGUCGACAGUAGCUUGUUCGACAGUCCCUGAGGCUGCAGCAAAUCGGAUAAAGACGGUAAAGCUAGGUAGGUACUUUUUGGAUGUGCGUAUGAACCUGUCCUAUGAGUGUAGUCAGAUACCUCAGUAGAACAGGGCCUAGACAGAACUUUUGAAGUGAAGAAACGACUACUGUAGGUACUAAUAGUAGAACAGUGUAGGAAGUAAGUCCUUUCUGACGUCACAUCGUGGGCGUAGCGUGUGUAGGCAUAUCACUCGCGCGUGUACGUACUUGGGAAUGUCGAGGUGCUUCGUCGCUCACAAUUUUUUCUGUCGGCAUUUUCUAAGUACCAGUUUGCGAUUGAUGAAGAAAAUCUUCUUUCUUUCUAUCACUGUGUUCAUGUUUGAGUGAACAGUCAUGCUGCAUGCAUAGAUGGAAUGCUGCACCAAUUCACUUACCUCAUGAAUGCAAAUGCAAAAAUUGUAACAGCAUCGUCACAAGGCAGAAAAAAAAGGGAAAAAAGAAAGACGUGAAAAGACGGAAAAAAACACUGAAAAGGGGAAAAACGAACUUUUGAAAGCCUCAGCUCAACUGUGUUGCUCUGCUGUCAUUCUUGCCUUCUCUAUAUAGUAAAUCUGCUGAGGGAGG